AUGUCCUCGCCUUCUCGCCUGGUCAUCGAUCCGUUGAUAUACUCGUACCCAGACAGUAGCGGCUCACUGGAGAAAAAGAAGAGCAACGACUCCCUACCUCCAGCGUCCAAGCUUCUUCUGAAUGCUCAGUCCACAGCUCCUCCCACCACUGGCUGGACUCCUUUGGUGCUGAAGACACUUUCUGGGGAGAUGAUUUCCCACAAUUCUACGCCCAACACAAAGGUUCUCCCGGGCUUCUACCGUCAGGCCACCGCCAGUGGCUCCGCCCCGUCCAACGACAUGGAUUUUCCCGUGUUGAACUUGACGCCUUUCCUCACACACAACUUGAACUUCCUCAACAACCAGAACUCGGCCGGAAACCCUUCUAGUAACGUCAACUUCACGCCAUUCUACGACAAGAGCAUGCAUCUCACCGACUUCUUCAUUGAUUCUCCUUUGAGACCUUCUCCGCUGAAGGCUGUGGAGACCAUCACUCCAUCUCGGUUCGCCAUGAGCGCUGAGCGCAAAUCCUUGUCGUCCACAUUGGAUGCUGCUACAUCGACUAAACGUUCCAUUGGCCAGAUCGAUACUCCUGCCAGACACCCUUUCAAGAAGUACGACUCUCAGGUCGACAACGACUCUGAGACUGACAAUGAGGACGAGAAUCAGGAUGACAAGCCUUACGAGGACAACUUCGUCACCCCUUCAAAAAAGAAUGUCUUGAAGGAGACAAGCGGGAACUUGUUGAAUAAGACACCUUUGAACCAAACACCUCUUGCCUCGAAGAAGAACAAGAACGCCUACCAUACUCCAGCGAAGACGACUCAAAUGUCUUCUCCAUCUACAGUAAUUAUGUCGAGUGUGAACAAGCUGCCCGACGAAGAUGGCUCCAAGGCGCGUAUUGUGCCUCCUAGUCCGACUCCAAACAAAGAGCGGGUCGAGAGCACUACGGCCGUCAAUUCAGAGCCAGUUAUGGGCAUCUUUUCAGAGAGAAAACAAAAGCCAAAGGCUGAAGCAUCUAAACCCGCUGCGAAGAAGAACACUAAGAAGAACCAGACAGGUACCAGCAAGUUCCAAAUUGUCUUCACUGACGUCCACACAUUGAUGAACAGCAAAAAGAAGAAGGAGCCAGAAACGCGGUCGAAAAAGCAACAGCAGGAAAGAAAUCAGCCCAAAAGAACAGGAUCUCAAAGGCUGAGCCAAAGAUCCCAGAGGCCAACUCGCCAAGACGCUCAUCAGCAUCAGUUCAAACAGGGUCUGCCGCCCAUUCAACAGCACCAGCAUCUACAACAGCAGCCUCCCCCGACCUAUGCGUUUCAGCACACGUCAUCGUCGCUCUCAGCGUCGCAGGACUACAACUCGACAAUGAACUCGUCAAGAGAAUUUAGCAUGCUAGGAGUUAACUCCUCACAAAACACAACAGGCGCAAACCUCAACUUCUCAUCUACGGAGCACACGUCUUUUGAGCUCAAUAACGCAGGCAUGGCAUCAACGCCGAACCGAAAGUAUCUUUUAGACAACUCUUUCGACAAGGCAUCACCGCAGGCCAUCAACCAGAUGACCUCUUCCUUCCAUCAAGUGCACGUCAAUCACCAGGAUGGAAUGCCUCCUCCAAAACACUUGACGCUUCAACAUGCUGCUCAACAAGCUCUCAGACACCCAGAUCAGUCUCACAAUCCGCAGAUGGGGAUGAACAUGGUGAUGAGCACUCCACAACACUCCAGCAUAAACAACAACGCCUUCAUAGCCGAGGAAUCUCCUAGCAACAGAGAGCCCAUGGCGCUUCUAUAUCAACAUCUUCACCAGUAUGAACCAGUCAUGCAACCUGGUGAAGGUGAAUCGGGACACAAGUAA